AUGUCAGCACAUCCGGAGUCACGUCAGCCAGACAUCAAAGUGCCAGUAUCCCUUUGGAAGACCUUGCCGCCACCGCUUCGCAAGACACUGACACUGGGGCAGAGCCCUAACCUAUACCCCUCUAUCUCGGUCAACAGGGACCAUCAGGCGACUGCAAGGCACAGAUCGGUUACCAACGCGGCCUUAGCUGCAACUGGGAAGACUACCCUCUCGCAGCGUACCUUGCGCGAAUCAAGGGCCAAGCAUGCGGCGGAUGCGACCGGUGCAGCAACCUACUUCCCGCUCGACCACACGUCCACUUCCAAGAUCAUCUUCAUCCAGACCGAGGAGGACAAUCUUGUCCCCAUAUCCCGGUCCCUCCUCGUCAAAUACUCCAACUUCAUCGCGGAAUUGCCCUCUUUCCUCACCUCAAAUGGGGACGAUACUCAUACCGAGGUUAUUCCCCUACCAUCCGCGACAUCGGUUGGUAUGCAGCUCGUCGUCGACCUCCUCGAGGCGGAGGAAGCCGGAGAGUUUCUCCAUCCUGGACGUCCAUCGCGUAUUGUCAAUCCCUGGCAAGAUCUGGGCAUCGAGGACCUACAAGCCGUCUUUGACGCCAUGACCAUCGCGGACGCAUACGACUUCGACAUCCCCCUCUUUACCCGUAUCCUCCUAAGAUCCGCUUCCGCACACCAAGCCCAAUCUCCCCUCCUCCUCUGGGCGGUACAGGCGCUGUACGGCUCGUCGUCGGCCGCGCGGGACCCGAUAGUCAACACCUUUCCGUUUGGCGCCAGUACGGUCACUCCUCACACCCUUCAGCUUCUCCAGCUGCACAUCCCUCAACCCCUCGCCCUACUCGAGGCGGAGCAAGGGGGCUGGAUCAGGCUUACCGACGACUUCCUUCAAUCCAUGCGCUCCACCUCGGCAACUCCAAGGUGGGCCGAUGUCGCCUCCAGCCUCGGUCCAGAGUGGCACGCCCUUCGGCUCGAGCCGCAGUGCCCGAGUCAUCGGGACGGCGGACUUUGGGCGCAAGUCAGGUACCAAGCAGCGGAUCUGCUUCACACGGCGAUCAUACAAUCGAGGGGCGAUAUCACGCCGGAUGAGCUGCGGAUGCUCAUAGACUGCGCGGUCGAUUGCGGCUUCACAAGGUGCUCUCGUCAGCUGUACCUCAUCCUCCGCCCAAUCAUCGCCGAAUUCGCCUCCAAAUGUCCAAAGGGAUGGUGGAAGGGUAGGUAG